GAGAGCGGGUCACGACGUUGCCGGGGCGGGGAUAACCCCUCACGUGGAGCAGAUGAAAGGGCCGCGGCGCGACGGCCGGGGGAGCCGAGCCGAGCCUGCGACCCACAAAGCAGCUGCCGCCGCCGCAAUGGUGCUGUAGGCGUCCGCCCGCGCUCGGUCCUCAACCGGCCCGCGACUAUGCCCGGCCGCGCCCGCCCUCCGCGCCCUCCCGCCGCAGGACCAUGAGGCCGCGCUCGGGCGGGCGCCCAGGGGCCCCGGGCCGCCGCCGCCGCCGCCUCCGCCGCCGCCCCCGCGGCCCCCGCGGCCGCCGCCUGCCGCCGCCGCCGCCGCUGCCACUGCUGCUCGGGCUGUUGCUGGCGGCCGCGGGGCCCGGCGCGGCACGGGCCAAGGAGACGGCAUUCGUGGAGGUGGUGCUGUUCGAGUCGAGCCCGAGCGGCGACUACACCACCUACACCACCGGCCUCACGGGCCGCUUCUCGCGGGCCGGGGCCACGCUCAGCGCGGAGGGCGAGAUUGUGCAGAUGCACCCCCUGGGCCUGUGUAAUAACAAUGACGAAGAAGACUUGUAUGAAUACGGCUGGGUAGGAGUGGUGAAGUUGGAACAGCCAGAAUUGGACCCGAAACCAUGCCUCACUGUCCUGGGCAAGGCCAAGCGAGCGGUGCAGCGGGGAGCCACGGCGGUCAUCUUCGAUGUGUCUGAAAACCCAGAGGCUAUUGAUCAGCUCAAUCAGGGCUCAGAAGACCCGCUCAAGAGGCCGGUGGUGUACGUAAAGGGCGCGGAUGCCAUCAAGCUGAUGAACAUUGUCAACAAGCAGAAAGUGGCUCGAGCUCGGAUUCAGCACCGCCCUCCUCGACAACCCACUGAAUACUUUGAUAUGGGAAUUUUCCUGGCUUUCUUCGUCGUGGUUUCCUUGGUCUGCCUCAUCCUCCUCGUCAAAAUCAAGCUGAAGCAGCGACGCAGUCAGAAUUCCAUGAACAGGCUGGCUGUGCAGGCUUUGGAGAAGAUGGAAACCAGGAAGUUCAACUCCAAGAGCAAGGGGCGCCGGGAGGGCAGCUGCGGGGCCCUGGACACACUCAGCAGCAGCUCCACGUCUGACUGUGCCAUCUGCCUGGAGAAGUACAUCGACGGAGAGGAGCUGCGGGUCAUCCCCUGCACUCACCGCUUUCACAGAAAGUGCGUGGAUCCAUGGCUGCUGCAGCACCACACCUGUCCCCACUGUCGACACAACAUCAUAGAGCAAAAGGGAAACCCAAGUGCCAUGUGUGUGGAGCCCAGCAACCUCGCUCGCGGCCGGCAGCAGAGGGUGAUCUUGCCGGUGCACUACCCUGGCCGCGUGCACAGGACCAACGCCAUCCCGGCCUACCCCACAAGGACGAGUAUGGACUCCCACGGGAACCCCGUCACGCUGCUGACCAUGGACCGGCAUGGGGAGCAAGGCCUCUAUUCACCACAGACCCCCGCCUACAUCCGCAGCUACCCGCCCCUCCACCUGGACCCCACCCUGGGCCCACACCACUGUGGCCUGGAGCACCGGCCCUACUCGCCAGCCCACCCCUUCCGCAGGCCCAAGUUUGGCAGCCGCGGCUUCUCCAAGGCAGCUUGCUUCUCCCAGUAUGAGACCAUGUACCAGCACUACUACUUCCAGGGCCUCAGCUACCCCGAGCAGGAGGGGCAGGCCCCCCCGAGCCUUGCUCCCAGGGGCCCGGCCCGCGCCUUCCCCCCGGGCGGCGGUGGCCUGCUCUUCCCCCCCGUGGUGCACAUGGCCCCGGCCUCGCACCUGGAGAGCGGCAGCGCGUCCAGCUUCAGCUGCUACCACGGCCACCGCUCGGUGUGCAGUGGCUACCUGGCCGACUGCCCAGGCAGCGACAGCAGCAGCAGCAGCAGCAGCUCGGGCCAGUGCCGCUGCUCCUCCAGCGACUCGGUGGUGGACUGCACGGAGGUCAGCAACCAGGGCGUGUAUGGGAGCUGCUCCACCUUCCGCAGCUCGCUCAGCAGCGACUACGACCCCUUCAUCUACCGCAGCCGGAGCCCUUGUCGUGCUGGCGAUGUGGGGGGCUUGGGCCGGGUGCCCGUUGUUCGCCUUGAGGGCUCCCCACCACCUGAGGAGCUCCCAGCGGCACCGGGUCAAGGUGCUGGGCGGGGAGAGCCUUGGGCCGGCCCCGCCUCCCCCUCGGGAGACCGGCUCUCCAACUGCAGCCUGGAGAUGAACUAUAGCAGCAGCUCCUCCCUGGAGCCCCGGGGGCCCAACAGCUCUACCUCAGAAGUGGGGCUCGAGGCCUCUCCUGGGGCCGCCCCGGACCUCACGAGGACCUGGAAGGGGGCCCGGGAGGGGCCGUCUUGUGCCUGCUGCUGUGAGCCCCAGCCUUCCCAUCCAGAGCCCAGUGCGGGAGCGGCCGGGGGCAGCCCCUUGUUCCUGGGCCCCAUGGCCAGGGAGUCGAAGCUGGGGAGCUCCCCGGGCCCGUGUGGCCUCCACCCAGACCACUUGCCCAGGACAGAUGGGGUGAAAUAUGAGGGCCUGCCCUGCUGCUUCUAUGAAGAGAAGCAGGUGGCCCAUGGCGGUGGCUACACCGAGGACUGCUCGGUGCGCGUGCAGUACACGCUUGCCCAGGAGCCCCCACCCGGCUGCCAUGCCGGGGCCCGGGACCUGAGCCAGCGCAUCCCCAUCAUUCCGGAGGAUGUGGACUGUGAUUUGGGCUUGCCCUCCGACUGCCAAGAGACCCGUGUCCUAGGCCCCUGGGGUGAGAUGCCGCCAGGUCCAGAGGCCCUGUGGCCCUCCCAGGGCCUGGGAACAGCCCAGGAAGAAGAAAGAUUUCUGUGCUGCCCGACCAGGGCACCACUGCCACCUGGCUGCCCUCUGGAGGAAGUGCGGGCCACCAGGGCCAGCUCCCCCAGUGCCCCCCAGGACACUCAGGAGUCUAGCGCCACAGCCACUGAGGCUGCAGGACAGGGAUCUCGCCCAGGAGCCUGAGCUCAGAAGGAACUCUUACGUGGAAAUGGGAACUGCAUGGAGACUCCAAACUCUGACUCCCUACAGAAAAAAGAUUUUUUUAGCUUUGACAAACACACUAAAGUGGUAAUAAAGAGAGCCCUGCUUCUCAACCCAAAAUGUGAGCCGCCUGUGGCAGCCCCCUCCCCCCUUUAACAAACCAACAGACAAAAUUCUGAGUCCUUUGCCUCUUUUGAUAACAUGUUAUCCUUCUGUAUUGUAAAUGUGUGUGCUUGGGGUUCUGAGGUGUGUGGGAUUGAGUUCUCUGCUUUGUUUUUUAAGAUAUUAUAUGUAAAUGUAAAAAGUUAUUUAAAUAUAUAUUUUAAAGAACCCUAAUUGCCAACUUUUGCUGAAAAAAAAAAAAAAUUCACUGCUGCAUUAAUUGAACCACAUCAUGUGUAGAUACUGUUGUCUCCCUGGAGGGAGCUCAGGCCUUUGAAAAGCUCAGGGCUACACCUGCCUUAGAAAAUGAACCAGAAACUUGAAGUAAAGCUAGUUGAUAUGGGUACAAACUCUGAGGAACAAUGCAAUGCUGCCUCUUUCUUUCUCGUGGCAAGUCCCAACUUAACAAAAUUUCAGGUCUUCUCGGAAGCCAUGCUUCUCCAGCCCGCACCUUUAGGCAGCUCAUGGAAACAGCUAGGAACAGAGCAGAAGGUCUUGCAGCAUGGGGAGCUGGAACAAGCCAUUGCUACUUAAGCCCUGAGGUGACAGGGAUGACUGCCCAGUGUCCUCAGCCUGUCCCCUCUGGCAUCGUCCUAAGUAGAAGGACAUAGUUCAUAGUCCUGAUCUUAGGCUUCCUGCCACGGGCUGCAGAGAUGGUUCUACGGGGUGCAUGGGGACACGCACCCAGGAGGAAGGCCCGUAGUUGUGCAACCUUGGUGUGUAACCUUGGUGUGUGACCACGGAGCUAGGGGCGAGGAGGGAUGGAGGCCCUCCACCCCCACCCGCGCGGGCCUGUGCACAGGCGUCCUUGAGGGCGCAGCCACACCCCUCGGCUGCUCGGGCCUCCAGCUGCCUUCCUGGGGGGCGUGGCCAGGGCCCCACCGGGGUCUGAGCUCUGUUCGAAGGAUAAGUUUCCCAUCCCAUUUCCUUAUGGAAGCAUCGCUUCAGGGUUAUUCAGCUUUCUGCCUCCUGACUGAAAUUGCUCAUCUCGCCUGCAAAUGUCUACUAUCCUUUCUACCUAAUGCACUAUUAUGUAUUGAUUCUCCAUGAGACAAACAGAAAGAGACUAUCAGAUAGUUGAGACCCAAAGGGUAGGUUUUUGUAUAUUAUUCCACCCUUUUGUUGUUUUUGUUGUUUUAAGAGGGAGGGAGAGUUUAAAACCCAAACCAUUGUUUAAAAAAGAUGUUAACAUUUUAAAAGGGAGAAUCUAUUUAAAGCUCUUUCAGAUCAGGGAUUGUCAUCCUUUUUGUCCUGUGUAUUUCUCGUUCUUAAAAAAAAUGUUUUUUAGAAGAAACUAAUCACAUUAGCCCUUGUGUUUGCUGACUCUCUGGUCACUCUUAAUUAUUCAUUUAUUUAGCAGGCAUCAGUUGUCAUCUGAAGUGCUCAUUUGCUGAAUAGGAAGCUGGAGACCUGGCCCCCCUGUAGAUGGAGAAAUAGAGACCACCCUGGGCUGCCAGGGGACAGGGAUGGCUCCUCUCCAGUAAGGCUCAGGGGACGCCAGCCCAGGGUCCACACCAGAACAUUUGGGAGAAUCUUACUGUGUCAGAAUCCUUUUGACUUAAAAACUCCAGCCUGUGAUGAGGAAACUUACUUACUUCCAGCCAGGAUUUGACUGAAAGAAAUUCCAGCGUCCAAUGAUCAGGCCACUUGCCAUUUAAGAGCUCAUUGUGGUGACAUUUGUCCUCCAGUCUCAGAGGUGUGGUCCCUUGGGGGCGGCUCCUCACCCCUUAUGCCCAGCACACCUGUUGGCGAGGGUGUGAGAAGCGCCUGAGCCCUUGGCAUGUGAUCUGGGCCGCCUUUAUUUCUUGGGCCAGGAGUAGCAGCUGCUGAGGACAGCAGCUUGCAUGUCGUGGUUUUAGGGAAGGAGUGGGGGGUAUUAUGGCUUCUAACGUGAACUUCUGCUUUUACACAAAGCAGCUUCUCAUUGUUGAGAUUUUAUUUGUUAGUUUGUGGUUUUUGUGGGUUUUUUGUUGUUGUUGUUGCUUUUGUUUUUAAUGCCUUUGAGCACAUAUUAUCUUCCUUGUCUGAUACCAUACCCCCAAAGUGGCUUUCUUUAGCCCUGGCUGGAAAAUUGCUCCUCAACAGCCUUAAGCAAGAAAUAGAUGAGGAGAGAAUGUGACUUCAACUGGGCUUAUUAAAAUAAAUGUGUCCAAUUUUCACUUGAAAGAGCAAUAACUACAGAUGGCAAAAGAAACAAUUUAAUUUUCAUGGUUUAUUGGGUGAUAGAAACAAAAAUGAAGUUUUAAGACUUUAAAUCUCAACCACUGUCUUAGAUUUGUGUUGGCUCACCAGACAGGGACGUCACUGAAAUAUAGUGACCAACUACAUUAUUGCCUCACCAUUCAAAUCGAAAGAAAUGUCUUCUUUAAUGUCGCAAGACCCCAAUAAUGAUGAUGACAGGUACCUUUUUUUUCCCAUGAAAACUGGGAGCUUCACAGUUUCCACGGAGAGCCACACCCCCCCCCACGGUUGCCAGAAAGUGACUGUCGUGCGUGGUCUCAUGUCCCAGCCUUGCAGGUAGGACAGCCAUGUAAACUAAAGAGUGCUAGAACCAGUUGGUAGAGGGGGUUAGGGAGUUCUGGUCCACAUGGUACCUCUUUGUAGCAGACACAACCCCGGUAUGCGGGCCUUUACUCUGUCUCUUGGCCUCUGAACCCACGCCGCUUUGUAAAGCUCCCUCUGCUGUCCCACUGCUCACACCCUCCCUUCGUGCUGCUAGUUCCUACUCAAAAGUUCAUGCAGGACUAAUGCUUUUAAAAUGAGGUCUAAAAAAUAAUUACUAAGCAAGAGUAUUAUUUUUUAAACAGAACUGCCUUUUUCUAUUCUUUAUGUAAACUCUAUUGUGUUGGUCUAACAAGGCACUAUUUUAAAAUGUUUUUUAAAAAUUUCUCCCAUAGCACUUAAAAGAUAUUUUGUAAAGACUUUGCUGUAAAGAUUUUGUAAUAAAAUGGUCUAAGGGCUCCUUCUCCAACAUUACCAUUUUUUAAAAAAUGUUUUAAAGGCUAGGAAACAACUUAUGUAUAUUCUGUAUAUGUAUAGCAGCACAUUUCAUUUAUGGAAAUAUGUUCUCAGAAUAUUUAUUUACUAAUAUAUUUAUCUUAAGCCAUGUCUUAUGUUGAGAGUGUGACAUUGUUGGAAUAAUCAUUGAAAAUGACUAACAUGAGGCCCUGUAAAUACAUGAUAAUUGCACACAGAUUUUACAUAUUUGCCGACCAAAAAAUGAUUUAAAAUAAGUUGUAGUCUUCUAUGGUUUUGUAACAAAUUGUAUAAAUGACUGUAAAAAAAAAUACAAUUUUAUCAAGUA